GGAAUUCAGGGCCUGUUCUGGUACCUCACUUCACAAUGAUGGGCAGGAAACCGAGUUCAAGAAAGAGAAGUUACAUUUCAUCUACUUAAGAGUCAACUCCUAGAACAAAAACGUUAUAAAACUUUUCAACUUGAUGAAGACCAACUUAAGGCUCCUCCAGCCUAACUGCAGAAAGGCUAUCUUGGCAGUCUUGGGUCAACAGCAAUUAAACUUCAACCUGGAACUGGAAAGAACAAACACCAAAUGCAAAUACCACCUUUCAAGUUCUUGGAAGAAGAUGCAGGCUAGCCCCAUCCAUAUUCCAACUGUCAGCAAUGACACGGACUGGGACUUCUGCUUCCACCUGUCACAGCAAGCUAAGAUCCCAGCAUACCAGAAAAGGGAUGAGUUGUAUUACUCUAGUGGGUCUGGAGAGAGUGAAGAAGACAUCAAAGCCAAGGAGGAAAAGGCCGUAGGCUACAUGGCUCUUCCUAAAGAGAAAUUGGCCCAUUCCCAGAAGAAGAUAACUCAGCUUAUUAAGAAAAAAAUGAAUACCCAAGCAAAUAAGGAGCUGAUUCGCUGUGUCAUCCUUUCUCGGAUUAUUUUUGGGGAAGAACACUGGAAGUGUGCACAGGCUUUGGCCAGCCUAGCCUAUGGCUACCUGACACUGAGAGGCCUUCCAGCUCAGGCCAAGAAACAUGCUGAGUCCGCCAAGAACACGCUGCUGACCUGGAAGGGAAGCACAGCCUCAAACAAGGAGAAAAAGGAAAUCCUGGAAGCUCUGGUCAUGCUGUACUACACCCUGGGGGUAGCCUGGCUCCUGCAGAACCAUGGCAGAGAGGCUUAUUUCAACCUGCAGAAGGCGGAGAGAAACAUGAAGGAGCUGAAAGAAUUAUAUAAGGGAGGUGUUCGCAAAUUACAAGUCUCAGAGAAAGAUCUGACAAUUGCUUUGGGCAGAGCUUCCUUGGCCAUCCACAGAUUGAACCUCGCUCUGGCAUACUUUGAAAAGGCAAUUGACAAUGUUAUUGCUGCUAAGGGUGAUAGGACAUUGGAUCUGGUUAGUCUAUAUGAGGAAAUCGCUCAGAUCGAGCAGCUGAGGAGGAACCAUGAUCAGGCCAUCCAGUAUUUGGAGCAGGCCUAUUCUAUCUGUGUUUCUUUGUUCACUGAAGUCAGCCCCCAAACUGCAGAGGCAAGCGCGUUACUAGCCAAGGCUCAUGCCAUGUCUGGAGAGGCGCAACACAGGGAUGCUGUUGAGAUAUAUUUUAUAAAGAGUAUCAGUGCAUAUCAAGCAACACUGGGCCCAGCAGAUUAUGAAACACUGACAACUAUUGAAGAAUUUUGCAAAUGGCUUGUCCAAAAUGGCGAAAAACAGGAGGCUUACAGACUGCUAAAGGCUUCACUGAAGUCUCAAGUCAUCAGUUAUGGUGACUGCAGUGAAAAAGUGGCCGAAACUUUUUACAACAUGGGCAGGAUCUGCUUCGCCAAAGGAGAGCUCAGAAAGGCCAUUCAGCUGUUACAGAAGUGUCUGAUGAUUCAAAUCUUUUUAUAUGGAAGUGAGCACAGUAAAAGCAGAGACACAAAAGACCUCCUUACCUUGUUGCAGAGGGCGAGUAACAGUUCAUCCAGGUGGAGAAGAGAAACCAUUCCAGGAAGAAGGAACUGUCUAUGCAAAGGCCCUGAGGUAUGACAGAGGACAUCGUAUCAAAGCAAUGGUCUUCCAUUACCAGUAAAUUGAAAACCUCCACACAAGAUAGCCAACAAUAAAGCCGACCUGUUGAUAACAAAAAUUUUGGAUCACAAGACAUAUUUAUCAACUUUGAUAGCCAUGGGAGAUCAAAAGCAGAACUAAGGACUGUAGGAGGGGGGAAAAAAGUCUACUUAUCAGCAUUACAGGUAAAAUACUCAAGGCUCCUUAGAAAGUAGGAAUCCUGAUCUAUAACUUAGGGUGAGGAGGGGGGUUAGAAAUCUUUAGACAAACGCUUUUAGUUUCUUAGUGGCUGGGACUCCAAUACCUUGCUUAAUUCCCUUUUAUAACUCAAAUUUCAUUUCUUUUUCAGUUCUGGCUUUUAAAAGACUCUGCAAUAUCUAAGUAGUUUAUUGGUGAAUAUUUUAAUAUAAUAUUUGGAAGUACUUUUAGUCAUAACCUGUUUCAGGUCACUAAAACUGCCUUGUGAAGAAACACUUGAUCUGAAAACAUUUGCCCUGGUCUCAUGCCAUGUUGAGUCAGAAAGGACUUUUUGAUUCUUACUAUAAAUGAAGGAGCUAGGGACAAGAUAGAUUGAUUUGUUCAAGGUCAGCCUGGUGAUUAUGAAGCUGAUUUUCUGAAUCACAGAUGAUUACUUCCCAUCUCACUAUGCUGCCCCCAGCCUCAAAGUGGAUUAGAGAGACUUGUUAUGGCAGGAAUGUUCACCAAGGUUGUUUUAAAAAGAAAUCCUGAAAAAAUAAAAAUAAAAAUAAAAAUAAAAUAAAUAAAUAAAAAAUAAAAAGAAAUCCUGACCUUCCCCCUCCUGCAACCCCAAACAAAUGUGGAUCUAGGAAAAAAUGUUGGCAAUCUCAAAUCAUGUCCCUUACUGUCUUCAUGUACCCAGGGAGAAAAGAGAAAUUAGAUUCCUGUGAAUUUAUAAUAUAAACUUUUCUUUUCCCUCUUCAUCGAUUCUCAAUUACAUCAGCAGAAUUAAUGGAGUUCCAAGACUGUCUUUGGGCAUCCAAGUGCCUUCUAACAACAGCUCUACUUUGUGCUUGUAAGAACCACAUUUUGGUUCUUCAUUCAAAAAAAUUAUUUCAGUCCUUUGUUCAGUCUGUACAACUUAAUGAGCAACCAGUACCCAAGCAAGGUGUAGUGGGGAGUAGUGUGCUGCUGUGGCCUAAGUACCUAUAUACGGAUUAACCCCCGGCUUGUCUGUAGACCAGUAGUCUUCCUCCUGCAGGUGUCUUCCCCCUUAGCUAAUUCCCAGAAUAUGUUCAGUCUGGGACUCAGGGCCAGGGUCCCAGGAUGCAGCCCUGGCUGAAAGCAGCUAUAUCCCACUGACCUUUUCUGCAGGCUUGUGAACUGGUUGCCCAGUCUGUCAUUGCUAAUUUGCCCUCUCUGGAGAUGGGGCUGCUCUUCUUACCCAGAAUAUUCUGAACUGACUAAACGAGCCUCAGAAGCAUUGCUUCCAUUUUCACAUAUCCAGAUGAAAAUGGAUUUUCAACAACGACUGUGAUAAAUAAAAAAAACAAAAGUACUGGACAGGACACUAAAAUGUUUUAAAUUUCCUAUUUUGGGAGACCCCAAAAGUCCAAAAGUCUUAAAAUCUCUAGACUGACAAACGUGUAUCAAUGAAGAAAAGCAUGAGUGUAACAUUAAAAUAAAAUGUUAUGGUGUAAUUCCGUUUUUGCAUUUGAAAUAGGUUUUAAAUAUUUAAAUAUUUCUUGUGUUUACCAUCAAUGCAAAGUUGCUAAUAGUCCAUUUUGUGAGAUUUUGAUGUUAAAAUGUUUAAUGAAAUGGUUGUGAUAAUGAAUGGUGGCUAGUUUUAAUAUCUUCAUAGCUGACAAAAUAACAAGUUGUUACUUUUGUUGGUUCUAAAAGUUUUAAAAGUUUGGUAUCUUGUGAAAUUCUCAAGUUUUAAGAAACCACCUUGGAAAUAGCCAACUCAGUAAAACCGAAUAUAAAGUUGCAUUCUCUCUUGGAAAACUGUGGAUGAGAACUAAAUUCAUUCAAUGGAAACCAGCAAUCUGGAUAAUCCACCCCAAUCAAACACUUGAUGUUUCUAACAGAUCGGAGUCAAUAAGGUCAUUCACAACUUUCAGAUUCUUUUUAAAGUAACUAACAGGCACUGAAAGUUUUGAGGUGGAUAAGGGUUAGCUAUUUUCCUACAAUCUCUGUACCAAAUUAGAAAAAAAAAAAAAAAAAACAAUCAAGCCCAGAUCAAACAG